AUGUCGGAGGCAUACGUUCCCUCUAAGGAAAUGCCAGUGGAGGAGAUUAACUACGAGGAGGAUGAGGAUGAGGACAUUGAUCAAUUGAUUGAGGAUUUGCAAUCUAACCAUGGUGAUGAAGAAUCCGAUGAUGAAGAAACUGCUGGUGGUACUGUUAGGCCGGUUCCUGAGGAACUAUUGCAGACAGACCCAUCAUACGGUUUGACUUCGGAUGAGGUUCUACGUAGAAGAAAGAAGUACGGUUUGAACCAAAUGUCUGAAGAAGAGAAGUCAUUGGUUCUUAAGUUUUUGAUGUUCUUUGUCGGUCCAAUUCAAUUUGUCAUGGAAGCUGCUGCUAUCUUGGCACUUGGUCUACGAGACUGGGUUGAUUUCGGUGUUAUCUGUGCUUUGUUAUUGUUGAAUGCCGGUGUCGGUUUCAUUCAGGAAUACCAAGCCGGUUCCAUUGUUGAUGAAUUGAAGAAAACCUUGGCUAACUCUGCUGUUGUCAUCAGAGACGGCAACUUGGUUGAGAUUCCAGCCAAUGAAGUCGUUCCAGGUGAUAUUUUGCAAUUGGAAGAUGGUACUGUUAUCCCAGCUGAUGGCCGUUUGGUUACUGAAAACUGUUUUAUCCAAAUUGACCAAUCUGCUAUUACUGGUGAAUCCUUGGCUGUUGAAAAGAGAUACGGUGAUGCUACCUUCUCUUCCUCUACUGUUAAGAGAGGUGAAGCUUUCAUGAUUGUUACUGCUACUGGUGACAGUACUUUCGUUGGUAGAGCUGCUGCUCUAGUCAACAAGGCAUCUGCUGGUACUGGUCAUUUCACUGAAGUUUUGAACGGUAUCGGUACUAUUUUGUUGAUUCUUGUUAUUGUUACUUUGUUAGUUGUCUGGGUUGCUUGUUUCUACAGAUCAUCCGGUAUUGUUGAUAUUUUGAGAUAUACUUUGGCUAUUACCAUUGUUGGUGUCCCAGUUGGUUUGCCAGCUGUCGUUACCACUACUAUGGCUGUCGGUGCUGCUUACUUGGCUAAGAAGAAAGCUAUUGUUCAAAAAUUGUCUGCUAUUGAAUCCUUGGCUGGUGUCGAAAUCUUGUGUUCUGACAAGACCGGUACUUUGACCAAGAACAAGUUGUCUUUACAUGAACCAUACACUGUCGAAGGUGUUGAAGCUGACGAUUUGAUGUUGACUGCUUGUCUGGCUGCUUCCAGAAAGAAGAAGGGUUUGGAUGCUAUUGACAAGGCUUUCUUGAAGUCUUUGAUUAACUACCCAAGAGCCAAGGCUGCUUUGACUAAGUACAAGGUCUUGGAAUUCCACCCAUUCGAUCCUGUGUCUAAGAAAGUCACUGCUAUUGUUGAAUCUCCAGAAGGUGAAAGAAUUGUCUGUGUUAAAGGUGCUCCAUUGUUCGUCUUAAAGACUGUCGAAGAGAACCACCCAAUCCCUGAAGAUAUUAAAGAAAACUACGAAAACAAAGUUGCUGAAUUGGCUUCCAGAGGUUUCAGAGCCUUGGGUGUUGCCAGAAAGAGAGGUGAAGGUCAUUGGGAAAUCUUGGGUGUUAUGCCAUGUAUGGACCCUCCAAGAGACGAUACUGCACAAACUGUUAACGAGGCUAGACAUUUGGGUUUGAGAGUUAAGAUGUUGACUGGUGAUGCUGUCGGUAUUGCCAAGGAAACUUGUAGACAAUUGGGCUUGGGUAGCAACAUUUACAACGCUGAAAGAUUAGGUCUAGGUGGUGGUGGUGACAUGCCAGGUUCCGAGUUGGCUGACUUCGUUGAAAACGCCGAUGGUUUCGCUGAAGUUUUCCCACAACACAAGUACAAUGUAGUCGAAAUUUUACAACAAAGAGGUUACUUGGUUGCCAUGACUGGUGACGGUGUUAACGAUGCUCCAUCCUUAAAGAAGGCUGACACUGGUAUUGCUGUCGAGGGUGCUACCGAUGCCGCUAGAUCUGCUUCUGAUAUUGUUUUCUUGGCUCCAGGUUUGUCUGCUAUCAUUGACGCUUUGAAGACUUCCAGACAAAUUUUCCACAGAAUGUAUGCCUACGUUGUUUACCGUAUUGCCUUAUCUUUGCACUUGGAAAUUUUCUUCGGUUUAUGGAUUGCUAUUUUGAACAGAUCUUUGAAGAUUGAAUUGGUUGUUUUCAUUGCUAUCUUUGCUGAUGUUGCUACUUUGGCUAUAGCCUACGAUAAUGCUCCUUACGAUCCAAAGCCUGUCAAGUGGAACUUACCAAGAUUAUGGGGUAUGUCCGUCAUCUUGGGUAUCAUUUUGGCUAUUGGUUCUUGGAUCACUUUGACUACUAUGUUCAUGAGAAAGGGUGGUAUCAUCCAAAACUUCGGUUCUAUCGAUGGUGUUUUGUUCUUGCAAAUCUCUUUGACUGAAAACUGGUUGAUUUUCAUCACCAGAGCUACUGGCCCAUUCUGGUCUUCCAUGCCAUCUUGGCAAUUGGCUGGUGCCGUUUUCUUAGUCGACAUCGUUGCUACUCUAUUUGCUAUCUUCGGUGUCUGGUCUCAAAACUGGAACGACAUCGUCACAAUUGUCAGAGUUUGGGUCUUCUCAUUCGGUGUCUUCUGUGUUAUGGGCGGUGCUUACUACUUGAUGUCUACCUCCGAAUCAUUUGACAGACUAAUGAACGGUAAGUCAUUGAAGGAGAAGCCAUCGGGCAGAUCUGUCGAAGAUUUCUUGGUUGCCAUGCAAAGAGUUUCCACCCAGCACGAAAAGGAGAACUGA